UUUUUUUUGGUUUGCUCCUCUUCCCUUCUUUACACUCCUAUUAUAUCAUCAUAUCAACUCAAUUACUUCCUUUUAUAUAUUUAUAUAAUUAUUCUGAUGAAUACUCCUCCACCUGAAAGUGAAUUCCCAAAACUGGAACCAAUACCAUCACUUUCUAUGCCUGUUAUACCUCCAACUUCACCUCCAACUAAUAUAUCUCGACCAAGACGUCAUACUAUUACUCGACCUGAUAUUACCCUAUUUAAUGACUCUGAUGAUGAAAACGAAGACCAAGCUUUAGAGCGAAUAUCUGGAAUGUUAUCCAAUCUUAUUCAAGAAGCAAACCAAGCUGUUCAAGAUACCACUCAUUCACAACAAUUUAUUCGACCUUCAACUUAUCAACGGCAAUCUCGAUUAUUAAGGUCUCUACCACGAAAUAUGACUUCAUCCUCCAAAACUAUUUCUCGAUUACCUCGUCCAACUCGUUCUUCAAUACAAUUUCAUGAUCGACACUCUAGUAUUUCUUCCUCCGCCUCAUCAGUUUCAUUAUUCUCACCUGAUCUACCUGUGGAAUCACCAACAACAGCAUCAUCGGUGGAACAACAACAACAACAACAACAUCAAGAUUUUAAUAAGGAUUAUAAUUCAGUAUCGCCUUCACCAUCCCUUCCUCUUCCCGAUACUUGUGUUGAACAAUACGAUAAUGAACAGUUGCAUCAUGACGACAGUACGCAACAGUCACGAAAUACAAUACAACAUACUAGAUUUGAUGACCCUUUGAUGGAAUCAUUCCGACGUUUGGAUUCUUCUAUGGCAUUGGUAGAUUCUCUUUCUCGGGAUUUAGCUUCACAAAAUGAUUCUAGUACUUCCUCAUUGAUAUCUUUCGCAGCCUCUUCAUCCAAAUUUACCUUAUUACUUCUUCCUCUUUUACAUAUCCCGCAUGCGCUGAUAUCUAUGGUGUUUGAUACCCUUACAAAUCCUGGAAAUACCAAUACAACAUCAACAUGGAAAUUAGCAACAUCCACCUCUUCUUCCUCCUUGGUUGAUGCUCCUUCUUCCCUUACUAGUAUGGUAGCUUGGACUUUCUUUUUCACUCUAGCAAAUAUGAUGGUUACUUGGUCAGGUGCUACUACCUCGGAUUCUCAACAACAACAACAACAACAACAGUACAAUCCAUCUUCUAGAUCUAGACGAUUAUCUUUACCUGGAAGUUACUCCACUUUAUUAGAUACCAUUCCAUACCCAUCUCAAUCAUGUGAAUCAUAUAACAAUAGAAUGAUCCGAUCCAGACGUCCAGCUCCAAUCAAUACAACGUUACAUAAUAAAAAGGCAUCCACUACACGUCGUACUCCUAUCAAACGAAAUGCAACAAGUUCAACAAGAAGACGGUAUCAUCAUUCCUCUCAUGCCUCCAUCACUGACAAAUCAUAUACCUUCACUAUUAGACGAUCUAGGAUACAACAACAACAGGAUGAGACUGAACACUCAAUGGAUAGAUUCAACCCUAGAAGACGUACAAUAACACAACAACAACAGCAGCAACAACAACAACAACAUCGUCCUACCAUGUCACGACGUUACUCUUUAUGAUUGAACUAUUUACUUUUUUUUUAUAUCUAUUUAUUUAUAUAUUGUUCUCCAUCAUUCUUUUUUUUUUUUU